AUGCCGUAUUUCUCCGAUCUCCACACCUACCUCCAUCAAUCCUCGCUCCUCAUACAAGCAUACGCUUCCACACGGAUAACAACGAAGUAUUCUCUGCCCAGGAAAGCCAACACAAAAGCAAGAUCGAAGUCGGGAGAGACACCUGCUUCUCUCACAACAGACGCAACGGGAGCUUCAUCACAGCAAGCCAAGCGCGAACCCUCCGCAGUGCUGACGUUGAAGACAUACCACCCUGAAUCCGGCAUAUGUUUGAAGUAUCGAACAGAUAAGGCGGCGGAAGUCGGUAGAUUGUUGACGGGGCUAGGAAGACUGGCUAAAGGAGAGGUAAUAGAAAUGUCCACGGUGACCGCGACAUCUUCUGCACAAGCUGCAACAGUCGAAAGCGAUAAAAUGGAUGUUGAUAGUGGUGUCGCAGCUCCAAAGGUUGAGGAUAAAGUGGUGACGGCACCACUUGCUGCAACGCAGGGCGGGGGAGCAGGUGGUGGCGGAAAAGGAAAGAGGAAGAAGGGGAAGAAAUGA